GGGAGGCAGAGGCUGUGGCUGUUUCAGGCAGUGAGAGGAGACACAGAGGGACAGACUCUCACACUCGGCCGCCGCCGCUGCUGUUGGACAUUAAGGGGGGAUCGUGCCCAGGAGGAGGAGGGCGUUAUGUUCCCCCAAUUCUGCCGGACUCCGGGGAUCCCCGGGCUGUACCCCGACUUGUGAAGCAGAUGGAGUUCCCGGGGUCGGUAUGGGAAAGAUGAUCUGGCCCGGGGUCGGUGCCCUCCUGCUGCCCCUUCUGCCCCUGGCACUGGGAUAUCUCACGGUCACCAUAGAGCCGCUUCCUCCUGUGGUUGUGGGAGACGCAGUGACUUUAAAAUGCAACUUCAAGACAGACGGAAGGAUGAGAGAGAUUGUUUGGUACAGGGUAACAGAUGGGGGCACCAUCAGGCAAAAGAUCUUCACUUUCGAUGCCAUGUUCUCUACUAAUUUCUCUCACAUGGAGAAUUACCGCAAGCGGGAGGAUCUGCUCUACCAGUCGACUAUACGUCUCCCCGAAGUCCGUAUCUCCGACAAUGGACCGUACGAGUGCCACGUUGGAAUAUACGACCGGGCCACGCGGGAGAAAGUCGUGCUGUCGUCAGACAACGUGUUCCUCAAUGUCAUGUCCCCUCCGGUCUCCAUCGCUGUCCUAGCGGCCGACUCUCCCGCCCCAUUCAGCCGGUACCAGGCUCAGAACUUCACCGUGGUCUGCAUUGUGUCUGGAGGGAAACCCGCCCCGCAGGUUUCCUUCAAGAGGGAUGGUGAAUUAAUAGAUGUGGUUCCAAUGCUGGAGCCCCCGCCUGCCGCUGCAGGGCUACUGGGCAAUCAUCCCUCAAGGAACCUCUUUAACCGCGACUCGGACGACACGAAGAUGCAAAAAACGCUCUCGUUGCUGGACACGGAGGAAAGAGGACUGAGUCCUUUCACGGAAAACCCUUACAGAGUGCGUGCCGCUGACCAAGGACCCAUGUCCAGCCCCGUAACGGAGGCAAUUCCAGAGACUGUGGUCAGCCUGGAGUUCCCUCGUUGGGUCCACAGCACAGACCCCGCUUAUUUCUUCCACCAAAUGCAUCUUCCCAUGAGCGAUGGAACCGUCGAGGUCCGGGCCAUGCUCACUUGGACACUGAACUCACAAGUGGAUAACGAGGCUCUGUUUAGCUGCGAGGUGAAGCACCCAGCGCUCUCCAUGCCUAUGCAGUCGGAAGUCACGUUAGCUGCUCCCAAAGGGCCCAAAAUUAUGAUGUCCCCAACGAGAGCCCGAGUGGGCGAUACCGUCCGAAUCACAGUCCAUGGAUUCCAGAAUGAAGUAUUUCCGGAGCCGCUUUUCACAUGGACCAGGGUCGGAGGAAGACUCUUGGACGGCAGAGCAGAGCAUGAUGGGAAGGAGCUGGUGCUGGAGCGAGUUCCGGCUGAAUUAAACGGCUCCAUGUACCGCUGUACAGCUCAGAACCCGCUCGGCUCUACAGACACUCACACCAGACUUAUAAUAUUCGAAAACCCCAAUAUUCCGCGGGGAAUGGAGGAUUCAAACAGUUCGGGGUCAUUGGACAGCAACAGACUCACUUCGGUGCUUCUAAUCCUGACAGUGAUCUAUGAACUGACGUGAGAGCCGGACGCUCGGCCGACCAAUCACUGGACUCCAAACAGCGUCACAUUUACUCCAAUCGGUUUUCUUUCCCCCCUAAACUAGCUCCAGUAUCGUUAUCCGUCGACUUUAUCUCUGUGUUUUGGCUUCUUCAGCUGAGAAAUUAAAAAAAAAAUUCUGUAAAAAAAAAAAAA